AUGAUACCAACAACAACGACAACAACGACAAUGAUACCAACAACAACGACAACAACGACAAUGAUACCAACAACAACGACAACGACAAUGAUACCAACAACAACGACAACAACGACAAUGAUACCAACAACAACGACAACAACGACAAUGAUACCAACAACAACGACAACAACGACAAUGAUACCAACAACAACGACAACGACAACAACGACAAUGAUACCAACAACAAUAAUAACGACAACAACGACAACGACAAUGAUACCAACAACAACAACAACGACAACAACAACAACGACAAAAAGCUCCUCAAAUACCUUAUCAAUUAGGAAUAAAUGUUAG